CGGGAGGUGGGGGUGCAGAUGGAGGCCGAAAGGCCAGGGAGGUGCAGGGUGCUGGUGGUGGAGGGAUGACAGGGACCUGCUGGCAAGUCGUGCCGGCCCCCACCCCGCUCCCUGGGGGGAAGCGCGGCUCUCUGAGGGCCUGGACAGGGGCUGGGGCUCUCGGUCCAAUGAAGAGGGUUCUCUCGGGGCCACUGCUCCCGGGUUCUGGGUGGGGAGCGAGCCUGGGGGCGGCCCGGGGCCCCUUUGGGCUGCCCCUGGCUCCCAAGCCAGGUUACAUAAGGAGGCAAGUCUGCUAGGUAACCUGCCCCUCCUCUCCUGCCCAGCCCAGAAGACUCUCUUCUGCCCCGCCCCUCAAAGGAGGUUGAGGGAUUGGGCCACAGGGCCUGGAUCCCCGGACCCUGGGGUGGAGAGACCUGGGCUUAGUGGGAGGGGCUGGGAAGGUGGGAGUCCUUGGCUUUUCUGCAGGGAUGGAUGGGCCAUCCUAGCGACUGGAGAUAGAGGUUGGUGGAAGAGGAACUCAACUGACCCCUUGGGUCAGCUCCCGUUACAAAGUUGCCUGACCCUUGCUCAGUGUAAGGCUCUCCCGACUGGAGUCCGGGGCCUGGUUCUAUGACCUGAGCACAUGUGCUCAGGGCAGAUGUGCUCAGGUCUCUCCAAAAAGGGCUUGCAGACCGUGUGGGUGUGUGUACUCAGGUCUAAAUCUUGGUGGUCUGUCCUCGGGGUCUUAGGUUGAGGAGCAUCCGACCUGGAGCGUUAAAGCAUGAUUGGAUGCCUGCUUGUCCUUUAAGCCCUUGCUCUGAACUGUGUUCCCAAAUCAUCUCCCUCCCUGCCCCCCCCACCUCCCUCCCCUGAGGGUUUUUUAAAACACCUCCCAUUGCUUUCAUCUUUCCAGCAAAUCUGGCUGCAGCUUGGAUGGAUGCCUUAUCUUCCUUUGCAGGUUUCUAGGGGAGAGUUUAACCAGGUAUCAGGUGUGAGUGAGCAUGGCUCUGCCUUUUUAUAAACCUGAAGACCGGGGAAGAGAAGCAAGAUCUAUUCUCGUGCCUCUGGCUGGUGAAGGUUUUGCCUUGUUUAAAACAGGGAGGACAGAUUUCUGAAAGACUCUUCUGUUCCUCUUCUUCUUUGGCCUUGGUUCAGAGCUACCAGCAGCUCCAGAAUCUUCCUGAAGAGCUGGGUGCUGUGAGAUUUGAAGGGCUGUUGGAAGGCACGGGCGUUGGGGCCUCUGACUUUCCUCCUAGGUUGGUGGCAGCCACCUCCAAGGAGACGUGUUGAUAAGUGCUAACAGGGUCCCCUAAGGCAGGAUUUGGACAAGGAUCUCUCUACUCACUCGAUGCCUCGCAGCCCAGGGUCUGUUGUCUGCCCCACCUGUUUGCAAGACCUGUGGGCAUCUUUUCCAACCUGCAGAAUCCUUGCCAGGGUUCGAAGGGCUGGGCUCUCUGGGGCUCGUUUGUUUGUCGUGGGGCUGCUGGUGUUGCAGUGGGCUGCCUCUCUCCCCCGUGUCUCUGUUUCCAGCUCGGCCCUGGAAGAGAGGGGCCGGUGCCAUUCCAGGUUGGCCUGCUCAGUAUUCAUUCUGCCCCAGCUCAACUUGAGCAGCCAGAGCCAGGGCUGAGGGCAAGCUACAUUCUUUUCUGCUUUUCUGCUGCAGGAUGCAGUUUGCUUUUUUCCAUGUGAAUGAAUUAUGUUUGAAACCGAAAUGAGAGGAAGAGAAAAAUAGAGUGAGUGUGUACGGGUAUGUGUGUGUGCAUACCUAUAUAGGCAGGGGGAGAGCAGCAGGCACAUUAUUUUUCCAUUUUCCUUUAAUUAAGGCUCUGUGGAGGUGUGUUUGAAAACAGAGGGUCUCCUAUGCCUUUGAGGAGGGUGAGAACACUGUUUUGGCUGCGUCCCGGGCCAUAUGCAGCGUAUGGUGGCCAAUGAAACUGGGCCUGGCUCGUUCUGUUGCUUGUCUUGGCAGUCGGUUCCGUGGCUUGUGUUACCAGCUCUGGAACUUACGGGCUGCCAAGCUCUGUGUGCCUGUGUGUGUGUGUGUGUGCGUGUGUGCACUCUUGUGUGUGUGUGUGUGUGUGUGUGUGUGUGUGUGGUUUGGCCUCUCGAAGCUCCGCAGAGACAAAUGCCUUAGCGACCCAAGGUUGGAAUUUUCAGUCUGUGUUUCUUUACACUCAUUUGCCGGCUGUGGGAGGCCCAGCGAGAGCCCCCCAUUCUGGGUUUUUGUUGUUGUUGGGUUUUUUUUUGUUUUUGUCUGUUUUCUUGCUGCAGCCCAUAGGAUUCCAUUUGUGGAGCUCCAUUUCCAAAACUUUAGUUGGCCAGUGGCAUUUUUUUUAAGGGCCAAGACUUUGUCACCCGCCAUGUGCGUGUCUGUGUUACGUAUCCUACUAUGAACUACCGACACCAAUGAACGCACAUGGGGUGAGGCGGGAAGAGAGGAUAGAAGGCUUGUCCAGUGGUAGUACCUUCCCAGCUCUUUGCUGUUUGGGAUAAGGAUCUUGGCAGAAAUGCCUUACCGUGUAUUUAUUGAGCACCUACAUUAGGCAGGGGAGAAAGCUGUGUUAACAGGCGGGGCCUCGUCGGAAGCAUUUCUCUGGUCUCCAGGCAAGAACCUUUCCUGCGGGGAGAGGUUCCGGUUUCCUCUAUGGGCCCGGAUGGCCUUGCGAGGAUCGCUCAUGUUAGUGUGUGCCAUGCCGCUGGCUUCCUCUGAUCACUGCCUCCCCUCAUUCUCUUCUUGUGAGGAUCUAAGGUCUGUCCCUUUCUAAGCAGCGUAGGGAUACCAUAGCUUGAAGGACACAGAAGAUGCUGGCCCUCUGCUUCUGGGGGGAACACACUGGUGGUGCCUUGCCAGCGAUCUAGGCAGCUGUGUUCUGGCCUCCGGAGGAAACUUUAGGAGAAGCCAAGGCAGAGAGACAUGUAUUCUGCCUCAUCUCCACCCCUCUGUACCCAGCAUUGAUCUGCCCUCCUCUGUUUCUCUGUUGCAGUAACGGCCUGGAUGCAGGAUGGUCUUGCCCCUUGGAGUUUACAGCUGGAAAGUGGGACAGCAGAGAAUCCUCUGGGGAAGAAUCUUUUUCACAGCCCUAGGAAAGGGAGAUCAGUGCUAGGUGGGAAAUGUGCGGAAGGGAUGUCGACGGGUCACCCAACACUAGGGUUCCUCCAGGAAGGAAGGCCUUCAUGGCUACGCUGACUUCACGCUCACUAGGUGCAGGCGUUGUUCCAGGCUGGGCUGCCACUCCUCCUGCUAUGAUGCCUGGGCAGAUUCCAGACCCUUCCGUGACUGCAGGCUCUCUGCCAGGGCUCGGCCCCCUGACCGGACUCCCCAGCUCGGCCCUGACAGCGGAGGAGCUGAAGUACGCCGACAUCCGCAACAUUGGGGCCAUGAUCGCCCCUUUGCACUUUCUGGAGGUGAAACUGGGCAAGAGGCCCCAACCCGUGAAAAGUGAGGAAUCUGAGCGGCUGGAACUCAUGAAUGCGGAGCUGAAGACCCAGAUCGAGGAGCUGAAGCAGGAGCGACAACAGCUCAUUCUGAUGCUGAACCGGCAUCGCCCCACCUGCAUCGUCCGGACGGACAGCGUCAAGACCCCCGAAUCAGAAGGGAACCCGCUGUUGGAGCAGCUAGAGAAGAAGUGACCAUGGGCUGGGAGAAGGAAGAGGAGGAAGAGGAGGAGGAGGAGGAGGAGGAGGAGGAUUUGGGAAGAGGGGGGAGGACGAGGGGUCCCAGAGGGCCCUUCCUCGCUGCAUGACAAACUUUACAAUGAGGCUCAGCACAGCCAGCGCUGGCCGGGCUUUUUUGUGAAACUCACAUCAGCCACACAAGGGGAAGAACGGGCUGACGAAACCUAGAAGGACCAAGCGCUGAGACCAAAGUAGACCCACGGUGGGGCUGUCCUGCCUGGGGCCCAGCUGGAAGGAGGCAGGACAGAGGCCCCCGGCCAGAGAGACACCCAACCAAAUGGCCUCUCCACCAGGGCACCCACCGAGGGACCUCGGAGCAGCCAGGAAAAGCCAUGAGUUGCAAACAAACAUGCGGCUGGGGAUGGAACUGAGUGGGACCACAGCCUGCCUGCCCCCAGCCCUGCCCCCCCCGACCCUGAUGCCAGGCUGGAGCGGGCGCCACGUGGGGCCCAGCCGCACCUGCCCCCGUGGGUCCAGCGCGGCCUUGCCCGGGAGCGGCAGCCGGGGCGCGCCCUCAACGGCCCCGCUGGAGUCUGCUGUGGGCACGAGGCGCGGGCGCCCUUCCAAAGCACAUACUCACUGAAUGUUUACAGACCGGCUGUCCUGGCAGGGCUUUUCAACUGCACAUGUUUUUUUAUACUUUCUUUUUUUUUUUUUUUUUUUUUUUUAAUAUUUUUUACCAAAAAAAAAAAGAUUUUAUACAAGCAAUAUAUAUAUGGAUUUCUAUAAUCACUCGAUGUGAUAUAGUAUAAAUAUGCUAUGGUUUGUUUGUUACGAACAGGUAUCCAGCAGUUAUGGCCGUCGUGUGUAACUCCUAAGUACUGUAGUAGUCUCUGGGUGUCGGGGUGGCAGGGGCGGGCAUGGGGUGCGUUUCCAUCCUGGUAAAUCCUUCACAGUACUCAGUCCUGUAUCGCUCAGUAAACGUUACUCUUACUUA